AUGGUACAGUUUGAACCGAUUCUUAAUCAAGGGUAUGGGUAUGGGUUUUCAGUUGGCCUGGGUGCGGCGUUUGCAGCUUUGAUGGCAUUGAUAACACGGGUAUUGACAACGGUAUUGGGUGAAACACAAACAUCCGAGAGAUUCUCUACUGCAUCGAGAAACGUGAACUCCGGUUUGAUUGCAUCGUCCACUGUCUCUGCAUGGACUUGGCCGGCAACCUUACUCACAUCUGGUGCCUGGAGUUAUUCGCAUGGUAUAUCUGGUGGGUUUCUCUACGGUAUUGGAGGUGCGGUUCAGAUAACCUUAUUUCUGUUUUUGGCCCUGCAGAUUAAACUCAAAGCACCAACUGCACAUACUGUCUCUGAAUGCUUUUAUAUUAGGUUUGGCAAAAGUGGCCAUUGGUUGUUUUUGUGCUAUUGCAUCUGCACCAAUGUUCUCAUUUCUUCAUUAUUGCUAUUAGGCGGAGCACAGGGCUUUGCUGCCACUACGGGAAUGCACGUAGUUGCAGCUUCCUUUUUGUUGCCAUUGGGUGUGAUGGCAUAUACUGCAUUGGGAGGAUUGAAGGCAACUUUCAUCAGUGACUGGAUUCACACGGUGAUCAUCUACAUCAUUUUGAUCAUUACCAUGUACACGUGCUAUUGUACGUCGUCCUAUAUUGGUUCACCGUCAAGAAUGUACGAGCUGUUGAAGGAGGCAGAGGUUGCUUUCCCCAGUGCUUCAGGGCAUAGUUAUCUAUCCUUUCACGACUCACAAAUGUACUACAUUACGUGGUCCGUUAUGCUAGGUGGUUUGGGUUCUGUCUUUGGAGACCCUGGUUAUUCUCAGCGGGCCAUUGCAUCGAAUAGCAGAAGCGUGUUUCAAGGAUACCUAAUGGGCACCAUUUGUUGGUGGGUGAUUCCAUUGGCACUGGGAUUUUCUGCUGGACUAACGUCUAGGGCAUUACUGACAAACCCUUCGUUUGUCACCUAUCCAAACCCUCUCACAGACGAGGAAAUAGGUAGUGGGAUGCCCGUCAUGUAUGGGCUGCAUAUGCUUUUGGGGGAAAGCGGUGCAGCUGCUGGGUUGUUGAUGCUGUUUAUGUCCGUUACGUCUGCUACAUCUGCGGAGCUCAUUGCAUUUUCAUCUGUCGCAACAUACGACAUCUACAAGAUCUAUAUAAAUCCAAAGGCCACGGGGAAACAACUGAUUCGAGUGUCACAUAUAGCCGUUUGUGUCUUUAGCUUGAUUAUGGCAGCAUUGUCGAUAGUGUUCAAUUAUGUUGGCGUCAAUACGGGGUGGCUAUUGAGUUUUGUUGGUAUCAUCCUGCUACCCGAAGUGGGUGCAAUUACUCUAAUGCUCUUUUGGAAGAGACUCAGUAAGUUAGGACUGAUAAUCGGUGCACCACUGGGGACAGUGAGCGGUAUCGUGUGUUGGGUGUGCAGCACAUAUGCAUUUGGAGAACACAUUGUCAGCAAGAGUACAUUGUCGAUCCCCAAGGCCACCUUUAUAGGUAACAUCGUCUCUCUAUUCAGUGCGCCUCUUUAUAUGGUUGCCAUCACUUUACUAGAUCCUUCUAGUAGAAGUUUUGAUUUGACCCGUUUGGGGGAGACAAUCAAAAUGGGAGAUGACGCAUUACAGGAGGAAAAGAGAGCCACUCUUGUCACUGAGGAGGACAAAAACACAAUCUUUAGACAGACGUUCUAUUCUAUCAUUGUCAAUUUGUUUGUCCUACUAGGUGUCUAUGUGGUAAUUGCUUGUGUUCUCUAUAGAUGGGGGCACGAUCUCAGUAAGACGUCUUUUACAAUACUCAUUGUUGUCCUCCUCGUAUGGGUGAUUCUUGCCGGUCUAUACAUUAUAAUGCUCCCCCUCUACCAGGGACGCCACGCGCUCGCACGUGUCUGCGGUAUGCAUGCGCCACACGCCGGGACAAUUAAGAAUGUAACUAAUACAAGUGCAACUAAGUUUGUAAGUUUGUUAACAAUUGCAACUAAAGUUACAGAAGGUAAUGACGAAACCGAAUUCAUCAAUCCCUGUCAUAAUAGAAACGCCGGACUCCGAGACGGAGGAAACUUUUCCUUUGCAAAAUCGAUUUCCAGCCAAAACUCCGGGGUCAGCGAGAUGGGGGAAAAAGAAGAGGGAAUUAGGGAGAAGGGAGAAUUGAAUUAA